AGCUCCCGGGGGACCGGAGCGACGCGGCAGAAGGAGGAAGUCGCCUCUCUCAAGUUGACUUCACCUGACAACUGCACAGAGCAGCCGGUCGCUGCUGCGCUCGGGAACAUGACAAGAGCUGCUGCUGCUGCUGCUGUAAACGGCAAAGUCAACUGCAACGGACUGAAGAGCGAAGAGAUCAAGAAGAACCACCACCACCACCACAACAACAACAACAACAGAGAGCUUCAGUAUCUGUGCCUUCCGGCGAGUGGUCCGGACGAGGGGCGCCAGCCGCUGUUUUCACAGAUGGGUCCGGGAGAAGAGUUGCCUGCGCACAUCGGCAGAGUCAGGUGUAAACAGAGAAAUGGCCCAUGGACUGGUGUUGCCUCCGGGCAGCACAGGAAUCAGGAAUCCUUUGAACAGGCACCCAUGUACGUGGCUGUCAUGACAUACCUGGGCUUUGGCAUCGUCACCCUAUUUGGCUACCUCAGAGAUUUCCUCAGAGCUGUGGGCUUAGAGAAGUGCCACCUCGCCCAGGAAAGAGAGGAACAGAAGGAAUUUGUACCACUUUAUCAAGAUUUUGAAAACUUCUACACUCGGAACCUGUACAUGAGAGUACGAGACAACUGGAACCGUCCCGUAUGCAGCCUGCCAGGACCCGUCUUUGACCUGAUGGAGAGGGUGUCUGAUGACUACAACUGGACUUUCAGGUUAACCGGGAGGACAAUACACAAUGCCAUCAACAUGGGCUCUUACAACUACCUCGGUUUUGCGGAGAACAAUGCCGAUUUUCUGAAAACAGUGGCAGACAAAACACGCCAGUACGGGGUUGGGGUUUGCAGCACAAGGCAGGAAAUAGGAAACCUGAAAAUCCACGAAGAUUUGGAGAAACUUGUGGCCAGUUUUCUCGGAGUAGAGUCCUCCAUGACCUUUGGGAUGGGUUUCGCCACCAACUCAAUGAACAUUCCAGCACUUGUUGGCAAGGGUUGUUUGAUAUUGAGCGAUGAGCUCAACCACACAUCUCUCAUCUUAGGGGCCAGACUGUCUGGAGCGACCAUCCGGGUGUUCAAACACAACAAUAUGCACAGUCUGGAGAAGAUGCUAAGAGAGGCGGUUUGCUCAGGACAGCCUCGAACUCACAGGCCUUGGAGGAAGAUCCUCAUCAUGGUGGAAGGCAUCUAUAGCAUGGAAGGCUCAGUGGUGCGACUACCAGAGAUCAUCGCUCUGAAGAAGAAGUACAAAGCGUACCUGUACCUGGAUGAAGCCCACAGCAUCGGAGCAGUUGGACCUUCUGGUCGGGGCGUGACUGAGCUGUUUGGUGUGAACCAAGCUGAUGUGGACGUUAUGAUGGGCACCUUCACCAAGAGCUUCGGGGCUGCUGGAGGCUACAUCGCAGGGAAGAAGGAGUUGGUGGACUACCUCCGCAGUCAUUCCCACAGUGCUGUGUACUCCUCGGCCAUGUCCCCUCCUGUCACCGAGCAGAUCAUACGUGCCAUGAAGUGCAUUAUGGGAAAAGACGGGAGCACAGAGGGCAUUAAACGGAUCCGCCAACUGGCAGAGAACACCAGAUACUUCAGGGCCCGACUGAAGGAGAUGGGCUUCAUCAUCUACGGCAAUGAUGACUCGCCUGUGGUUCCAAUCCUGCUCUACAUGCCAGGCAAAGUGGUGGCUUUCGCUCGGGAAAUGCUGGAGAGGAAAAUUGGUGUUGUGGUCGUAGGCUUUCCAGCCACGCCGAUUACAGAGGCCCGAGCUCGCUUCUGUUUGUCUGCGGCACACACAAGAGCCAUGCUUGACCAGGUGCUGCACCAUCUGAACGAGUUGGGAGACGCUCUCUGUCUCAAGUUCUCACGGCGAAAAUAUUCCUCUCGGCACGACCUCCGUGUCGAGACAGACCUUGAGCUGGACAGCUGAUAUGACCCUUGACACCUUGACCUCAUAGUGUCAAACUAAGUCUAAGUGUCCACGCCACAGCAGACCCUUAAACACCCAACGUCUAGUAACACCCAUGUCUCGCUGCAGAAAAAGGGGCCAAAUGUCUGGCAGCUGCUUUUGUAAAUGUUUGUAAAACAUUGUGAUUUAACAGGACACUUAUUUAUGCUUCUUAAAUCUAUAUGAACUCUCUAGAUGCAUUUAUUUGCGAAUAGAUACAUGAAAUUAUUGCACAAGAUUUGCUGUAUCAGUCUCCAAGAGUUAUUUAUCUUUUCUAUAUUGAGACAAAUCCCAUGUUGUUAGUUCAGUCCCUAUGCACAUUUGAGGACAGUUUGCAUUUUGCCUCUCAUAAAUUAAUAUGGUGGGGUGAUCUCUAAGAAUUGAAUUCAAGGAUCCCAUUUAUUUCCACAUUUAAAGGCUGAUAAAUUUCUUUUGUUUCCAAUAAAACACAAAUACCACACA